UUUCAAGAGGCUUUUAUUCCGAAAAACGUGACUCGUUUCCGUUAUAGCCCGGCGCGAGUCUGCGCAGUAAGAACCCAACCCGGAAAAAACAGAAAUGCGUAAUCGCCCAUCGGCUUGAAGUCGCCUCGGCAGUACCUGUUUGUAACACAAUGGCUGCUGUGGUGACGUCAGAGGAGCAGAAGUUCUGCUUGCAGGAAGUCCUCUCCACUGUCAAGGUGUGUCUGUCUGAAAACAACGACGUCAUCCUGCAAAACUACGUGGCGUGCUGGCGCGGGCUCGUCAAGUUCUUGAACAGCCUGGGCGCCGUCUUCGGCUUCAUCUCCAAGGACGCGGUCGGCAAGAUCCAGAUCCUGGUGAACCUGCUGAACGGAGAAGCGUCCUCCCGCUACGAGACCGUGCAGUCUAUGGUCCGGUAUGAGCUGGACAACGGCCUGGUGGACCUGGAGAAGCGGGGCGGCCACCCGGAGUCGGGCUGCCGCACCCUGCUGAGGCUGCACCGCGCGCUCCGGUGGCUGGAGCUCUUCCUGGAGCGCCUGAGGACCAGCGAGGAGGACGGCAAGACCUCCGCCAUGUGCGCCGAGGCCUACAACGAGUCGCUGGCGCGGCACCACCCGUGGGUGGUGCGCAAGGCCGCCGGCGUGGCCUUCUGCGUGCUCCCGGGCCGCGCCACCUUCUUGGAGGUGAUGAACGUGGGCCCGCCGGAGAAGGCGGUGGCCAUGCUGGGGGAAGCGGUGCCGCUCAUUUCUGAGGUGUACCGGGUCACGGAAGAACUUUACGCCAAGAACAACAUGCUGGACUUGCCCUGAAACCUUCACUUUCAACAUGGCUGCUACUUUAGGGACUGUGCAAUAUCUGCAUGGCGGGACCACUACAAUAUGUCUACUGCGUGUACCGUAUUUUUCGGAGUAUAAGUCGCACCGGCCGAAAAUGCAUAAUAAAUAAGGAAAAAAACAUAUAUAAGUCGCACUGGAGUAUAAGUCGCAUUUUUUGGGGGAAAUGUAUUUGAUAAAAGCCAACACCGAGAAUAGACAUUUGAAAGGCAAUUUAAAAUAAAUAAAGAAUAGUGAACAACAGGCUGAAUAAGUGUACGUUAUAUGAGGCAUAAAUAACCAACUGAGAACGUGCUUGGUAUGUUAACGUAACAUAUUAUGGUAAGAGUCAUUCAAAUAACUAUAACAUAUAGAACAUGCUAUACGUUUACCAAACAAUCUGUCACUCCUAAUCGCUAAAUCCCAUGAAAUCUUAUACGUCUAGUCUCUUACGUGAAUGAGCUAAAUAAUAUUAUUUGAUAUUUUACGCUAAUGUGUUAAUAAUUCCACACAUAAGUCGCUCCUGAGUAUAAGUCGCACCCCCGGCCAAACUAUAAAAAAACUGCGACUUAUAGUCCGAAAAAUACAGUAAAUGUAACAUAAUUGUUUUCAUAAAUGUAACAUAAUUGGUUUCGUAAUUAUAACCAUUGGUCCCGUAAAUGUAACUUAAUUGGUUCUAUAAAUGUAACAAUGAGUUCUGUAAAUGUAACAUAAUUGGUUCCAUAUAUGUAAUGGAUCCGUAAAUGUAACAAUUGUUUUCAUAAAUGUAACAUAAUUGGUUUUGUAAAUAUAACAAUUGGUUCCAUAAAUGUAACAUAAUGGGUUCCGUAAGUGUAACAUGAUGGUAACUUAAUUGGUUCCAUAAAUGUAACAAGGGAUGGGUGGAUGGAAAUGUAACAAUGGGUUCCGUAAAUGUAACAUAAUUGGUUCCAUAUAUGUAACAAUUGGUUCCGUAAAUGUAAAUAUGGGCUCCGUAAAUGUAACAUAAUUGUUUUCUUAAAUGUUACAUACCGUAUUUUUCGGAGUAUAAGUCGCUCCGGAGUAUAAGUCGCACCGGCCGAAAAUGCGUAAUAAAGAAGGAAAAAAACAUAUAAGUCGCACUGGAGUAUAAGUCACAUUUUUUGGGGGAAAUGUAUUUGAUAAAAACCUAACACCAAGAAUAGACUUUUGAAAGGCAAUUUAAAAUAAAUAAAGAAUAGUGAACAACAGGCUGAAUAAGUGUACGUUAUAUGACGCAUAAAUAACCAACUGAGAAGGUGCCUGGUAUGUUAACGUAACAUAUUAUGGUAAGAGUCAUUCAAAUAACUAUAACAUAUAGAACAUGCUAUACGUUUACCAAACAAUCUGUCACUCCUAAUCGCUAAAUCCCAUGAAAUCUUAUACGUCUAGUCUCUUACGUGAAUGAGCUAAAUAAUAUUAUUUGAUAUUUUACGCUAAUGUGUUAAUAAUUUCACACAUAAGUCGCUCCUGAGUAUAAGUCGCACCCCCGGCCAAACUAUAAAAAAACUGCGACUUAUAGUCCGAAAAAUACAGUAAAUGUAACAUAAUUGUUUUCAUAAAUGUAACAUAAUUGGUUUCGUAAUUAUAACCAUUGGUCCCGUAAAUGUAACUUAAUUGGUUCUAUAAAUGUAACAAUGAGUUCUGUAAAUGUAACAUAAUUGGUUCCAUAUAUGUAAUGGAUCCGUAAAUGUAACAAUUGUUUUCAUAAACGUAACAUAAUUGGUUUUGUAAAUAUAACAAUUGGUUCCAUAAAUGUAACAUAAUGGGUUCCGUAAGUGUAACAUGAUGGUAACUUAAUUGGUUCCAUAAAUGUAACAAGGGAUGGGUGGAUGGAAAUGUAACAAUUGAUUCCGUAAAUGUAAAUAUGGGCUCCGUAAAUGUAACAUAAUUGUUUUCUUAAAUGUUACAUACCGUAUUUUUGGGAGUAUAAGUCGCUCCGGAGUAUAAGUCGCACCGGCCGAAAAUGCGUAAUAAAGAAGGAAAAAAACAUAUAUAAGUCGCACUGGAGUAUAAGUCACAUUUUUUGGGGGAAAUGUAUUUGAUAAAAACCUAACACCAAGAAUAGACUUUUGAAAGGCAAUUUAAACUAAAUAAAGAAUAGUGAACAACAGGCUGAAUAAGUGUACGUUAUAUGAGGCAUAAAUAACCAAAUGAGAACGUGCCUGGUAUGUUAACGUAACAUAUUAUGGUAAGAGUCAUUCAAAUAACUAUAACAUAUAGAACAUGCUAUACGUUUACCAAACAAUCUGUCACUCCUAAUCGCUAAAUCCCAUGAAAUCUUAUACGUCUAGUCUCUUACGUGAAUGAGCUAAAUAAUAUUAUUUGAUAUUUUACGCUAAUGUGUUAAUCAUUUCACACAUAAGUCGCUCCUGAGUAUAAGUCGCACCCCCGGCCAAACUAUGAAAAAAACUGCGACUUAUAGUCCGAAAAAUACGGUAAGUUUUUUAUUAUAUCUUUUAGCAUUCAUUGACUGUAAAACAAUGUGUACUGUUAAAUGUGUCCUCACAUUUAGUGUAGUGACGGCCUUCGUCAUUUUAACACAAAUCAAGAGCAAGUAUUUGUUGUACAAAACCCAAAACCAGUGAAGUUGGCACGUUGUGUAAAUGGUAAAUAAAAACAGAAUACAAUGAUUUGCAAAUCCUUUUCAACUUAUAUUCAAUUGAAUAGACUGCAAAGACAAGAUAUUUCAUGUACACACUGAGAAACGUCAUUUUUUUGGGCAAAUAAUCGUUAACUUAUACCAGUGGUUCUUUACGGAGCCCCUAAAGCGGGGGUCGGCAACCCGCGGCUCUAGAGCCGCAUGCGGCUCUUUAGCGCCGCCCUAGUGGCUCUCUGGAGAUUUUUCAAAAAUGUAUGAAGAAUGGAAAAAGAUGAGGGGAAAAAAAAAUCUAUUUUUUUGUUUUAGUAUGGUUUCUGUAUGAGGACAAACAUGACACAAACCUCCCUAAUUGUUAUAAAGCACACUGUUUAUAUUAAAUAUGCUUCACUCAUUCGAGUAUUUUGCGAGCGCCGCUUUGUCCUACUUAUUUUGGCGGUCCUUGAACUCA